GGGGUUACAGUUAUUAAAAUGGAAUAUCCGAAGAAAUAACUAAACGGGAUUUGAGUUUGGGAAACGUGCCCAUUUUGGAAAGACGAAAAUCUCACGCUUUCUCUAUCAUCGUUCGUCGUCCGUCUGUUUCUUUUAAUGGUGCGGAGAAGUCUUAGCGGUUUCAAUGGGAGGAUCAGAGAACACACCAAGAACAGAAUAACCAUAAGAACAAUCUCCACCAAACCCAUCUUCAAAGUUUUCUUCUUUUCCCCUUUUCUCUCUCUCUCUCUCUCUCUCUCUCUCUCUCUCUCUCUCUCUCUCUCUCUCUCUCUCUCUCCCUCUCUCUCUCCUUUUGACCAUCGCUGAAUCUCCAUUUGCAUGCUUACCCCGAUUGAGAAAUUCUCAUCACGCAUUCUGUCUUCCACCCGAUCCAAAUCCAAUUUUUUGGAGUUGAUUCAAUUCUAAGGUUUCCACUUUGCAAAUCAAUUUUGUGGAUUUUGCUUUCUCCUCUCUGUGCAUCGUUUUGAUGGCCGCUUUCGCGAAUUACCUCCGGGUGGCACGACUUGGAACUAGUUCGGGUCUUAAUUUUUCGACUUUCAGAUCAAUCUCUUCUCCGAAUCCGACAUUUGACAGGACUCUGUUCGAUGACCACGAGAUUCGUUCUUCUUCUUCUUCAUCGUUGGUAUCAUCAUCUUCUUUGUACAGACAAUCCCACGCCAGAUUCAUAUCUCAACUUGUCAAAACCAAUGGGAAACGUUUGUAUCUCGUUGAUACACUCGCUUUGGUUAGGAGCUUAGAAGCACAGGGCCUGCCUUCGAAGCAAGCAGAGGCAAUAACCGGUGCUAUAACUGAGGUUCUGAAUGAUAGCUUAGGAGUUGUUUCUCAGUUGGUUGUUUCCAAGGGAGAGAUGCAGAAAACUGAAAUGACGCAGGAAUCAAACUUAUCCAAGUUCAAAAGUGAAAUCAACAGUUCACUGGAUCACCAUUUCUCAUUGCUGCAACACGAGAAUGAGAAACUCCGCAACGACAUAGAGCGAAUCCGCACUGAUAUUAGGCACGAGAUCGACAAAGUCACAGCAGGACAACGUUUGGACUUGAAUCUUGAGAAAGGGAGGAUACGAGAUGAGCUAACAAAUCAAAACGCCGAAACCUCUAACCUUACAAACAAACUUGACCGUGAGAUUCACACUUUGAGAGCUCAGUUAGAAGCGGCCAAGUACGAGGUGAUCAAGUACUGUAUCGGUACACUUGUAUCCAUCUCAGCUGUUGGUCUCGCUGUCCUUCGGAUCGUCAUGUGACUCUCUCGCUCUCCAUGGGAGGGUGUCGAUUUUAUGACCAAACUCAUCAUCUUGGUUCUUCUCUCAUGUUGUGCCAAAAAACCUGCCGGCGACCUCUUAUACUCCAAACCCUUUCAAUGACAGAUCGAAUACCAUCUAUAGUUGGAUUCGCAACACCAUACACAGAGCCGUGCCUAUGUAUAUUAAAAAGACACAUUGGUGUAGGGCAGCAGAAAAAAAGAUUAAUUAUAGGGCAGCAAUUUAAUAGAAAUUUUUAAUAAUCUAUAUUUAUUAUUAGCUACGUUCUGUAUUAAUCUUAAAUUUGGACAUGGGCCUUAAUGUCACAAUAAAUCAAAUUGUUA